UUCACUUUUGGUUACACUAAUUAACUUCAGACAAUAGGCACACGAUUUUAACGAUUGAGAGGAUCGUUAAAGUCCAUGGAGAUUUAUUUCGUAGGACAGAAUAUAAGGUAAUACCAUUCUGCGUAAACCCGCAGUGCAGGCAAGAAUGGCGUUUUGUAAUAGUACAUCAAGUACAUCUCCUACACCUCUGAAUGAAGAACCACCUACAGCGAAUGGCAACCCACCGACAGAUAAUGAAGAGCCAUCUUCAAAUAACGACCCAAGUACAGCUAAUGGAGAGUCAACUUCAAACAACGACCCGCCAACAGAAACCGAAGAGCCAGCUUCAGAUAGUGACCCACAAACAACUAAUGAAGAGUAACCAAGUAAUGACCCACCAACAGCUGAUAGAGCUGUUAAGGACCACUUAAAGGACCACCUUCAAGCAUUGACCCACCAACUGAAAGCGAAUGGCCUGCAUCGCACUAGAAACAUGUCCAUGCACUAUUACAACAUAUAUCAUUAUAUAUUGGA